UGCAUUAGGCGUCACACUGAGUUGGCCUCUUUGGCUCAUCUUCACAUUGUUAAGUCAGUACUAAGAAUUUGAUUCGCAUGGCAGAUAGAUUGGUUAAUAUUCCAAUCCAAGAUUUGGUGACCCUUCGAGAUUUCUAUAAAGCAGACUGGCCCACGUUUAAUAUUGGAUAUGGUACUGUGGAUACAUAUGUACGGUGGCUCAGUAAAGAUCCAAACAUCCCCCAUAUUCGCAUUUUCUCGUUGAAUGGUGAUUGGAGUGAUGGUACUUUUAUUGUUACGGAUUGGAAUAUGCUCUUUUGCAAUACUCGGAAUACGAGCUUCACCCGUCUAAUAAAAGCCUUGUCUCUCAUCGAUUGGAGUAAAGGAUACAUCAUUGCUUCCAUCGGAUCAAGAUUACUCGAUGUGAUAAAUAAGUUCGUCAAGGACAACAACAUUGACGUCGGUUACAUAAACCCCACAAAAUGGUAUCGGAUGCCUCAAGCCGAAGCUGCGAAGUUUGUUAUAAAUCCCCCUGAUGGUAUCACAUUUAGACCUCUAACCGAAGCAGAUGUAGUCACUGCAAACGCUUUAUGGCGCUUCAAUUAUCCUGGCUCCAUUGUGUAUUUGAAACGUCUGGCCAAGUAUAACAUUAGUAUUGGAGCUUUUACAUCUGAUGGACAGUUAGUUGCAUGGUGUUUCAGAAUUCCAGCAGGCUGUCUUGGAACGCUCGAAGUUAUAGAGUCGCAUAAACGAAAAGGACUUGGAAGCUUGAUGGUACGGGCUAUGGCUAAAUCUAUAGCUGAAACGGGGCAUGAUGUCUUCGCUCCAGUGGUGGUCGAUAAUUAUCCAUCGAUUAAAAUGUUUGAAAGACUCGGAUUCAAAGUUUGUGGAACAAUGAAUUGGAUUCCAACAGUUGAUCGUGGAAACUGGGAUGACAACGAACCGCAUUACUAGGAAAACUAACAAUUCAGUAGAAUUAUCUUUCAAAAAUUGGAUCAUUGCAUCGCUUUUUAAAGUAGUUUAUUACGACAAUUCAAUGAGAGAAAAAGAUUCAUUCAUUUAUAGUAUUUACUUCAACCAUGUGUACAUAUUCAACUACAUACUUGUAUUCUGGUUCACGUCAGUUGCUUCACAAUAGAAGUAUUUACCUUUUAACGACUGAGCUGUUCUUCAAUGUUAACUUAUCAGC